UCAUCAUAGUUGGCUAUGCUGUAGCCCUCUUCGCAACGACAAAAACAAACAAAAUACAGCCACUGACGACGAAGAUGAGCCGCACCACCCGGCACCGCAUAGGCCCGUCGAGGUACGAAUUCAACGACCCAGCCGCAGCUGACGACCGGGACGAACGAUGUCGCCUGCUGGAAGAGUUCGAGCGAAGCCAGAAAGCGGCCACGCAACGGUAUCCCCUCGAACGCACCAUGGACCGCACACUGUCUCCGGCGCUGCGUGAAAGGACGAAGCGUUGCAUAAAGGCGGUUCCGCCCCGUUUUCAGCCACCCUCGUCCAUUGCCACCCGCCCAACCGACGGCGAUAGCAGCCGCCCGUCCCACGAACUCGGCUCGCUAAUUCCAGCGCAAAAAGCGACCACGGUCCAGGUGACGAUAGACCCGCGCACCAAACCGCGACCCCUUCCGCCGAGGGUGGAAAAUUGGAUGGAAAACUUUCUCCGGAAGCCGGCGCGUGGCCGCGUCCGGUGGCGGUCGAAGCUGCACGAACAGGAACCACGCUGCUCGGACCGGCCGCCGGCCGACCGGGUCGAACAGCUGAUCGACGUGGGAGCGCAAGACUUUGUCGACUGGCUGAACACGCUCGGCGCGGACCGGUCCAGCCUGACGACGGACGUGGUGAAGCGACUGUUCUCGAUCGAGUCGGCCGACGAAACGUCCCGGGCGCUCAGCAUCGCACCGAAGGAGAUACGGGCCGUGCCGGGCCAGGUGGCGACGGAGUGGAACGUGCCGCAGCUGGCACUGGAGAACCGUAUUGCAGGGCUGAUGGAGCAGGACCGGGCACUGGCAAGGGGUGGCAUUAGAAGGACAGCUUUCGGGCGUGGAUUGCCGCAGGAGCUGCGGAGCGGUUGGAAGCAGGACGAUGCACAGGUCGGGUGCGAUGUGGAGCGACCAGACGUUCCGGACGAUUUGAGGAGUUUGAAGCGACUGUUCCGUGACAUCUGGCACCUGCGCUCGGUCAAGUAUUUGGUGGACUAUUUGGUCGAGCGACCGGCACUGCCCCGGCCACGGUUUUUGGUGGAGAAGGGUCUGUUUGAGCGGCAGGCGGUUGACGCGCCGGUACCAUUCUAUCGGAAAGUUCUGUCCCAGAAAGCCAUCGCGGAGAGCAUCAAAAGAUAGCGUGAAGUGGUGAUGUUGUUGCUUUAGGAGAGCUAAAUUGCGAAGUGUUUAAAUUGUACCCAGUUUGGGGAUGGCUAACAAGGGAAGCAAAUGGUUGAAAAGGCAAAUGGCUUCUUCAAAGAAAAUCGCGGAAAAAGCGUUAGCGAUUUUCUUCGAAGAAGCUAUUUUUGAAGUCUAUCGACAAUCAAAUUGUUUAAUGUCGAUCAGAAGGAAUUAAAUUUGAAUUAAAUUUGAAUGAAA